CCUCCCUCUCUCCCGCAGAUGGAGCUGGUGCCGCCCGACGUGCUGUGGUGCCAGUGCCAGGGCAACGCCAGCGCCACGCCGCACGUGCAGCUGAUCCACCGCCAGCUGGCCCAGAUGCACGCGGACGCCGCCCACCACGCCCUGUGCUACGUGGGCGUGGUCGUCUCGCUCUACCUGCUGGGCCUCGUCGCCAUCAUCGGGCGCUCGGGGCGGUCGGAGCGGCAGGCGGCGGCGUCGGCGCUGUCCUCGUGCCUCUGCGGCGCCCUCUCCGCCUUCGGCCGCUGCGUCACCUCCGUCGGGAGGCUGCGAGACAUGCCGAGGGCAGCGGCGGCGGCUCCGGGCCAGCAGCAAUUCAGGACCACGAUAGCGCUGCCGCCGGAGCCCCUCCAGCAGAUGCCGGGGGCGCCGCCCACCGCCGCCCACAAGCCAACCAAGCCGCCGUCGCUGCAGGUCCACCUGGUCGUCCCGGACGACGACGACGAGAUGGAGGUCUCGAUGGUGACCUCCGUGGCCGAGUGACUGACCCGCAGGGCGCGUCGCUCUCCCUGGAGAAACCUCUAGGCGGGCGCGUGGAGGAAAGUGCCCACGUCCCCCGGUAAGCCAAGAGGCCACGAACUUGACGCCGAAUGUGCAAUUUGCUGAUGAAAGUGACUCUAGUGAACGUGAGGGGCGCGGUGGACGGCGCCCUUCGUGGCCAGGCGAACGAUUCCCGCGCCGGAAUUUCUCUUCUGGUGAGGGCGAAGGCAAACCGCGGCGGGCGUGGGCGGCACGGAGACUGAACUUCCUCUCCCGUCGCUGAACGCAGAGCGAAAGCGCGAGAGGACGGGGAGCACUGUAGCUCGGGACCAGAGUGGACGAACAGCAAUGGGCUUUGUAAAAUCUAUUGACUAAUAAUACAAAUGUAUGUUGA